AUGUGGGACAACUUCUCUUGGGCUUGGUGGGACCUCAUCCUCCACGAAGACUGGUGGCUGGAGAACAAACUUCUUUGGAACCUUCUUCUCUUCCUUUACUGGCUCUUCAGAUGGAGCAGACGACUUGGUCCAUCCAACCAUACCAAUGGCAUCGAUAGGUUCUUCAGAGAUAUCUCUAAUUGGUACCUGGGCAUCAUUGAGUCUUUCGAGAUGGUUGAAUGCAGCAGAGAUGAAUGGAAUACUCUUUCCAGAAAGGACCCAUCUUCCUUCGAUGUCAAGAGACUUCAGACGGUUUGGUCCACGUCCUUGGAUAUGGGAGUCCAUAUGGAAGUACUUGAUAUCAUCAGUGUUGAGACCGAAGUCAGACAUGAACAAGUUUGGAAUGGUGGUUGGAGGAGCCAUUGA